UUCGCGAAUGCUGUCUUGGUGCUUCGAAAAUUGGCGCGUAUUCUGAAACACUUCGCUCUCCCACCACGAGUAUUUCCAAAGCCCACAGAGAUGACUAGCCGGGUUCUCAAUAGUGUUUGUGUUGUUCACCAUAUAUAAAUCUUGUUAAUGAAUUCGCAAAGGUCACAGAGAUGACUAGCCGGGUUCUUACGAGUGUUUCCCCAGUUAAUAAUAUAGAAAUCUUGUUAAUAUGUCACCAGAACCGCAAAAAAAAAAAAAAUAAAUAAAUAAAUAAAUAAAUAAAAAUAAAAACAUUUAUAACCUCAACUAAAACCCUUUAAAAGUAGUGGAGGGGCGGCGCAGAAGUGUUUCAAAAUACGAUCCAAUACUGCCUCAGUGUUCCGCGUAUAUUCACCGACGCGGGGACUUUGUAUUCACGCUCGUGGUUGCGUUGUGUUGUGUCAGUGACCUGCGCGCGCUCGCUAACUCGCUUCCCGAAACGACCUUGCCACGCUUUCUAGAAACAGGUCACGGAGGAAGGCCACACGCACACUAAGGGGAGGCAGGUCAAAGGCGCCCCUCUCGUUCCCAUGCGGUGGUGCAGGUUGUGGUGGUGUUGUGUUGGUGUUUAUUGUCUCGCAGGAUGAAGUUUACGAUGGUGUGUUUAAUUUGUGGGGGCUCGCACGUGACUGUUUGUGUGUGUGUGUGUGUGUAUGUGUGAUAGCAUGACUUGUGAUGUUCUGUGUGAUGCGUAUAAAGAUGUGUUGUGGUGUUGUAGCGGUGUUGUGAUAGUGCUGCGGCGUUGUGGUUUACUGUGGUGUGAUUUGCGGUGCUGUGAUUCCUGGUGCGUGUGGUGAAUUGUGAUGCAUGGUGCGUGUGGUGCUGUGAUUGCGUCGUGGUGUUGGAUUAGUGGGAUGUGGUGUUUUGAUGACACUGCUGUGCCUGGUGCGUGCGAAGCUGUGGUGUUGUAGGUCUGUGACAUUGUUGUGGCGAUGCUGUGGUAGUGCUGUGGUACGUAUUUAAAUGUGGAACGUGCGAUGUGGUGGAGCUGUGAUGUUGCGGUGACGUGGUGGUGCUGAGAUUGUGAUGCUGUAGUGAUGCUGAGAUACAUGAUGUUCUAGUGAUGCUGAGACGUGUGAUGCCACAGAACACUUAAUACAGCACUGUGGUAAUUCAGUGACAAGUGUUUAUUAUGAUGCGUGUGAACCCUUAGUGCUGUGGCGGUGCUGUAAUGCUGUGAGGCCUGGGUGCCAUGGUGCUACUGUGAUGCUGUUUCGCGUGAGUAGCAGCGGUACGUGUGUUGCGUGCCAGCGGGAGGCUCUGGAAGGGUUGCCGCUGUGGCCAGGUGACUCACGUUAAGGCCGCCGCCUGCCACCCGACGCCUGCCGCCUCACACUCAUGGCCGCGGUGAACCAGGAGUGAAUCCGCGGCGGGGCUGAGCUGCGCGGCGCGAGUCCAGCCAGUCUCCCCGGGGCGGCCGUGCUGAUACGUGCCAUGAGGAUUUGUACAUAUAAACUUUUUAGUGAAGUGACCACGUGAACACACCUCAUGAUGACGCGGCUCAGUGAGGUUGGUGACUGAGUGCGUGCGCGGUGAGUGACAACAGUGAUGAGACAAUGGAGAGUGACUAUGACCCAUUCGUGAGGACUCUGCCUCGUGCCUCUGACCCCGAUGACCUGGUGACCUGGUGCACCGACGCUGACCACGGCCGGUGCAGGGCGUACCUGGCCAAGGUGAUCAGCGUCGACGAGGACGACAGUGAAACCACCGACGAGGACGAGAAAUCAGAGUCCCUCCUCGCGUGUCCGCCGCUCUACAUCACAGAAAACGUGGGGCGCGGCGAGCGAGCCUUCCCAACACAGACUAUUGUAUCCUUCGCUAAGCCGCCGCAGGACGCGCGGCGCGGCGAGGACACCACUGCCCAGGUGUUCGGCAGGUUCCCUGACGAGGACACCACCUAUUAUUUCGACGACGCGGUGAUCAGUGAGAGCUGCGGGGACAGCGAGGCGGAGAGUGAGGGCACCGGGUACCUGGUGCCGCCCACACACUACCUGUCUUGCCCCAAUAUCAGUCCUGUCGGAGAGGAUCAGGAGGGCAUCGCGCCGCCGUCCACUGAGGCUUACGAGUCUCCCAUCCUGUGUGUGCCUGUCCAGUACUCAGCUGCGGGCGAUGCGAGGGGCGGAGACGAGCUAAGAGAAGAGGUGGGCCGCGGGGAUGGGCUGCACACCCACGCCCCCAACACGGCGGCGCCCGGCGUGACAGACAGUGGUUCAUUUAUCUCGGAGGUUUUUUCUUCAGGGAAAAACACUAACGGAGGUAUUAGUCUUGGCGAAGUGACCGUAGAGAGCCUCAUCUCCUUGUGUGAGACAGACACUGACCCCGCCAGGCCUCCCUCCGCGUGGGGCGGGCUGGCCUCCCGUGACCCUGGGGGCGCCGUGGGAGAAGAAAACGGCGAUGUGGGCCGCGGUAGACUCAUGAUAGAUGCUUUUCCGCUUUUCUCUCGCCGCCCACACGAGGAAGGAAGUGAGGGCACGUCAGGCCAUGGUCCCCCUGAGUCCCUGGAGCCGUCCUCACUGUGGGAUCAUCUCCUGGGAGCGAGCCGCGACCAGGACACCUCCCCGUGGAGUGUGACGUCACGGGUAGCGGAUAUAGAGAAUGAGGGCAGGAAAGACGAAGGCUGGGCGGAGAGCGAAGCCACAGCGAAGAAGGAAAACGAGAUUGAUGACGCGCUAGACACAGAGAAACUUGAGAAAGAUGACGACAAGGACGAAGAAGAGAAAGAGCAACAAGAAGAGCACCAACAACAACAACAACAAGAAAAAAAAGAAGAACCAGAACACGACAAAGAAGACGAAAUCACAGGAGAGAACGACAAGACAGUGGAAGGAGACGGAGAACAAGAUGACGAGGAGGAGGAGGAGGAGGACGAAGAGGACGAUGCGCCACGUGACGACCUGAGUAAUGAGACAGAGGAGGUGAGAUACGAGGUCACUCCCAAAGUUAAUGGCGCGAGAGGGCGGGACAUAACCCAAGUAGAUGAGGCGGAAGAGGGAGACAAGGGGAGAGAAGGAGAAAGGGAAGAGGGAAGCGACGAGGGAGGAGACGGUGAGGGGGACAUGGACGAGGAGGGAGAGAAGACAGAAGAGGAGGGAGAGGAGACAGAAAUAGCGAUCAGUACACAUGGAAGAGAAAUCGAAGUGUGUUUGGAGGUUGAAGAGAAGGAAAUCCAGGAAUCUCUUCUUAAUUCUGAAGCGGAAGAGAAAGAAGAGGAGAAGGAAAAAGAAGAGGAAGAAAAGUUUGAAGAAGCGAUUGGGGAAGAGAAAGAAGAGGGGGAGGAGGAGAAAGAAGAGGAAGAAAAAAUUGAAGAAGCGAUUGGGGAAGAGAAAGAAGAGGAGGAGGAGGAGAAAGAAGAGGAAGAAAAGGUCGAAGAAGCGAUUGGGGAAGAGAAAGAAGAGGAGGAGGAGGAGGAGAAAGAAGAGGAAGAAAAAACUGAAGAAGCGAUUGGGGAAGAGAAAGAAGAGGAGGAGGAGGAGGAGGAGGAGAAAGAAGAGGAAGAAAAGGUUGAAGAAGCGAUUAAGGAAGAGAAAGAAGAGGAAGAGAAACAAAAUGAAAAAGUUGAAGGGGCGACUGAGGAAGAGGAAGAAGACGAGAAAAAACAAGAAGAGGUAGAAGAGGUGACUGAGGAAGAGAAAGAGGAGGAAAAAGAAGAGUUAGAGGAACUGCUUGAGGAAGAGAAAGAAGAGGAAGAACAAGAAGAGAUGACUGAGGAAGAGAAAGAAGAGAAAGAGAAACAGGAAGAGGUGCAAGAGAAAGACGAGGAAGAGGAAGAAAAACAAGUAACAGAGGUGGAAGAGGAAGUUGAAGAAGAGAAAGAAGAGGAAGAAAAACAAGAAGGGGAUGAAGAAAAGAGGAAUGUGGAGGAGGAAAUAGAAGGAAAACAAGAGGAAGAUGAGGAAAAGGAAACUGAGGAGGAAGAAGAGGCAGAGGAAGAAAAGGAAGAAGUGGAGAAGCAGAAGAAUGAGGAAGAGAUGGGAGAGGGAGGAGAAAAGCAAGAAAAGAAUGAACAAAAAGAGAUUGAGGAAGAAAAUGAAGAAGAUAUGGAAGAACAGAAGAUUAAUGAAGAGAAAGAGGAGAAGGAAGAAGAAGAAGAGAAGGAGGAAAAGGAGUCUGAAGAAGAACAGAAAGAACAAGAGCAAGAAGAGAAUGAACAGGAGAUUGAGGAGAGGAUGAAUGGAGAAGAGAAGGAAAAGGAAGAACAAGAGGAGAUUGAAAAGAUGGCAGAAGAGGAAGAGAAACCAGAAGAACUAGAGGACGAGAAUAAAGAAGGGGAAGAAGAAAGGGAAAGUAACAUAAUGCAACUGUCCUCUGAUGAUGAUGAUGAUGAUGGAUGUGGCGUGGAGGGAUCAGAGGUGGACUGCGUCACGGUAGAGGAGGUGGAGGAGGUGGAGGAGGCUGAGAACGAGAGCAACUCCUUGGUGGACGCUGCAAGUAACGACCUCCACCACCACCACCACCACCACGCCGCAGGGGACACCGAGACAAGCGUGGAUGAGAAGAGUGAGGAGAAUUUCAUAUCAGUCAGUUUGGUGAGUGACAUCCUAGAGAGCGCUGACGUCUCUGAUAUCACCCUAUCUACCACCGCCUCUGACACAUCCUGUUUAGAUCGCUCCGAAGCCUUCACUCCCUUAGCCAGCCUUCCCUUACCCAGCGUGGGCGAGGCCUGGGAGGGAGCCGUGAGCGGGGCGGGCGAGGGUCAAGGGUCUGACGGGAUCCGUGGUGGAGGGUCGGAAGAGGCGGCCACACAAAGCUUAAAUGAGUUAAUAAGCGAGGACCAUCUGAGUUAUUACGCAGCACCGGGUGAGCUGGGCGGCGGUGGGAAAGCCCUCAGUGCUCUGCCCGAGUGUCACGAGGAGGGCCACAGUGCCGCAGCCCCCGCUUCGCCCCCGCCAGGCACAGGCACCGAGGACGCGGCAGUAGGCGGUUGUGUGAGUUCAGAGAAGAACUGUGCCGUGGGAGAAGUGUUGGAGGACCACAAACAAGAAGCCGACAGCCUCCCCCUGUGCGUGGAGGGAAGAGGAAGUGGGGAUAAGCUGUCUUCCUGGCAAUUUGACAUAAACAAGGAAGAUGAAGCCGCCGAGCCGCAGGAAGCAGUGCAUUUACUCCUGAGUGACUCGCGUCUGUCUGUCAGGGAUGAUGGAGGAUUGCCGGAGUGUUGGGAAGCACCUGACGCCUCUGCCAUUGUCGUAACCCGCCACGCGGAGGAAGCGUCGCCCUGGGAUCGCGGCGGGGAGCAGCAGGAGCAGGAGCAGCAAGAGGAGGAGGAGGCGCCAUCAACUUUCACCCACACUGAGGAAUCGCAUUGGCUGGUGACGAGACAAGACAACGUGGACGCCCGUGAAUUAGCAGACGCAGCAGACGCAGCAGACAGCCUCGCGCCGCACAGACCUGUUGAUGGCACUGUCGCUGGCGAGGCUGGUGAGGCUGGCGGUCUACCGGGGCACGGCAGCGACAGCGAAUCUGGCACCAUUCAUUCUAACUUGACCAGCAACCAACCAGCGCCCGGGAGCAACAGUGAGACGGAGGACGGUGCACCGGAAGGCACUGACUGGCACCAAGUGGAUCACACAUCCUUUGAUACUAUAGCCACACCAAACGAACACAACGUAGACGCCUCCAGCACAGACCAUGAAGGGGACUCUCCAUAUCCUAGUGACGUGACAAAGAGUCCUUCAGGAGAGUACUUGACCAAUACGAAGGACGGGCACGCUGCUGCAGAGAACGAGAAGGAAGAGAAGGAAGCAAAUACGAAUAAUGCAAACGUUCCUCUCGAGCUUGAUGUGAACUCUGAGGACGAACUCAAGAAGGAGAAAGCAGCUGCAGAGGAGAGUAAGGAAGAAAACGAGGAACUGAUCGAGGAGGAGGAGAAGGAGGAGGAGGAGGAGGAGGAGGGGAGAGAAAAGUUAGUCCAAGAAGAGAGCCAAGUGGAGGAGGAGGUAAUUCAAGAGGAAGGUAAGGAGGAGGAGGAGGAGGAGGAAGACAUUGAGGAAGAAAAUAAGAAGUUAACUCAAGACAGAAUUGAAAAGGAGGAGGAGGAGGAGGAGGAACAACAAAAAGAGCUUGCGGAGGAGAAGGAGACGAGUAAGGAGGAGGAAGCAGGAGAAGUCAAGGAAGAGGAGCUAACUACUAAAGACAGUGAGGAAGAGGAGAGAGAGGAGGGACAAGAAGAGGAACAAGAGGAAGAGAAGGAUCAAAGUUGCGUCGUGGAGACAAACUUUGAGCCUGAAGAAGGGGAAGAAGAAGAAGAAGAAGAAGAAGAAGAAGAAGAAGAAGAAGAAGAAGAAGAAGAAGGAGGAGGAGGAGGCGCUGGUGACGAAGUGCUUGUCUUGCCCGGUGAUGAGGGCGAGGAGACGACAAAGGAAGAGAGUGCCACUGCAGAAGGCAAUGAAGGAGAUGAAAAUGUGAUUGAUUUUGAAGAUGAAAAAGAUGCCAGUGAUGGUGAACUAGAAAAAGAGUGUGACGUUCAAAAGGAAAGCGUGAAAAUCCUGGAAGAGUGCAUUGAGAUUGAAAACAAAGAGGAAAGUGAAGGAGAAGUGGAAAAAGAGUGCGUAGAGAAAGAGAAUAAAGAAGAAAGUGCUGGGGAGGAGAACAAAGACGAAAUCUUGAGAGAGAGAAGUGAGAGUGAAAACAACAAGGAUGGUAAUGAGAUCCUAGAAGUGUGCGGUGAGAGUGAGGACAAACAAGUGAGUGACGAAAGCGUGGAGAAAGAGUGUCGUGGUGAGAGUAACGGAGAGGAAAGUGAUGAGGGCGAGGUAGACGAGAGUUGUGAUGAUGUGGUGACGAGUGUUGUUGAAGUGAGUGGUGAAGUGCGUGGCGAUGAUGCAGUGAGUGGACCCGAGUGUGUGGAAACUGAGGAAGUGAAGGAAGUGAACAUCAGUGACGUGGAAGGGAAGGUGGAGACGUGGAGUGGAGGCGCUGACGAAGAAGACGUGGUAGUGUGCGUUGACUUGAGCAGUGAAGAAGAGGUGGAUGAGGUGGAGGCGAAGCACGUAACACCAAGAUUGACUGUGGAAAGUGAAGAGUGGAGUAGGGGAGUGACACAAGCACCAAAUUACACCAUUAGUGAGGAGCAGAGGCUUUGUGCAACUCACGGAUUAAACUAUAGAGCAGAAGAGGAGGGUGGUGACGUAACCCUGAGGACGCACGUUGAGGCAGGAGACCCCAGUGACACCCCGGACCAAGACGUGACGCGCGCUGAGAUCGAAGCGGCGGGAGGUGAAAGGGAAAGAGGAGAAGACCUUGACGUGGAGGAGGAACCCGGUGAUGUGGGUCAGAUAAUGUCUACCGGUGACCUGACGAGCGAGAAAGAAGAGGAAGAAGACGGGGAUAAAGAGGAGGAAGAGAAACAGGACACUAACUUCUACGAGGCUCUGUGCACUGAGACCGUAGCGGAGGCUCCUGAAGGCGUGGCUGUUGUGAGGUUUGCCGUGGACGUCGAGGAGGUGGAGCCGGAGAGCCAAUUGCCCCCAGCCAACGAGGGGGGGGCCAGCAUGCCCGCGGGACAGAGCGGCGCGGCGGAAGAGCAUCUGGGCACGAUGGAUGCGAUCAAGGGAGUGCUGGUGGAUGAUGAGCGGAGGGAGGGUGAGGAGGAGGAUGAGGAGAUGGUGGUGGUGGAGCGGCGCAAGCCAGGCAAGGGAGUGCCCGUCCCCAGCAGCAACAGAGACUCGGGCACCAGCUACCUCACCGUGUACGAGGAGGUGGAGGAGGAGGAGCAGAAGAAGGAGAAGGAGAAGGAGAAAGAGCACGAGGACAGCGAUGACGACACGCUGGUGGGCCACAGCAGCAGGAGCAGCAGCAGCGAGAGCAGCAGCAGCAGUGACGGCUUCAGGAAGUGCCACAGGCGGGAGGACAGCGGUGUGUUCCUCAGCUCCAGUUCCCGCCACGACCACCGCCACCGCCGCGUCCAUUCCGAGGCGCCGCCCGAGAUCACCCACGAUGUGCAGCCCCGCGAGACCCGCAGCUUCCAAGAGACGAGGCCCGCGGCGGGGGCCGAGGACGCCUCGGACUCGGCCAGCCUGCACCCGCGGGACCAGGAUGACAACCUGAGCAUCCAGAGCGAGGUGAUGGACACGCGCGGCGAUGAGGAUAGCGGCCGCAGGUUCAAGCGCCGCUCUAGCCACCAGUUCCGCGUGGGGCGCAGGUACAGUGGCCAGAAGAUGAUGCAGAGGAUUCGCCAAGGUUUGCACCUGGGCGGCAAGAAGACGUCAGACAGCGAGGCGGGCGGCGAGGUGCACCCCACCAAGCUACAGCAGCUCGCCACGGACGACAGGUAAGCAAUGUGAGGUGUUACUUCUCGAUGCGCCGUGUAUCGCAUUUUAGGUGAGUGUGGCGCAGUGAAGCGUGUGACUGACGUGGCGUGCGUGGGGGUGUCUGUGAUGGGUAGGGAACGCUGGAUUGAUCAGUACAGUUGGUCAGCAAUCGAGGCACAAAGAGGGCAUGACUGGGAUGGUAUGAGGGUAGCAGAGAUGGGCUUGGCGAGCCACACUAUACAUGUGGUCAGUUAUAGGGACCAUAUUCAGAAACACAUUUGUGCUGCACCUACCACACGUAGAAA